AAUUAGGGUUUUCUCCCACAAGCACAGAAAAAGGAGGGAAAACCCUUUCCCACAAUAACAACCAACAAGCAUUCCUUCAUUGUCUCGGCUCUGAAAGUUCACUCUUUCCUUCCAUUUUCAUUUUGUUGACGGCAAACAAGGUUAUUUUUUUUUAUUUUUGGUUGACGGAAAAAAAAGGUUAAAUUUUUUGAAUUUAUGUUUAUAUGUGUGUGUAUAUAUAUAUGUUGUUUAGCACAAAGCCUGUUCUCAACUUAGCUUUAAAUCGAUUUUUCAGCUUAAGUUUAGUUUAAUUCGAGUUCUGUCAAUUUUGGGUCUGCCAAACUCCACAAAACAGAGUUCCCCAGUUUAUUUAUUUUUUGCUCUUUCUCAUUUUCUCGGAGACCAAACACUGGAUUAUGUCAUGCAUUGUCGUUGUGACCCAUUAAUCCUUCAGUUAAUUGUUUUGGGUUGAUACCCUCGAGUAUUUUCCCAGCAAUGAAAUUUUGCACGGUUCGUGUAGGAAACACUCCACAGAGGUUUUGCUGUAGGGUUUGGUUUUUGUAUCAAUUUAUGAGCUUUUCUUCAUCUUGUGCUGCUGAAACUCUGUAUUUCAGUGAAGAAAUCAAUACCCAGGAGCCCAAUUACAUGGAAUUACAGCGUAGAAUGCAGUCUUAUGCUACCUCUGGUUCCAUUAGUAAAGCUCUCGAGACUUUGAGUUUCAUGAGGAAUGUGCCUGGUAAACCGACCGUUCAUGAUUACAAUGCUUUAAUCUGGUGUUAUGUCAAAUCCAACAAUUUGUUAUUGAAAGAGUUGGUUGGAGUGUAUGUUGCAAUGAAAAGAUUUGGGCCAUUGCCAAAUGCAUCAACAUUCAAUAUUCUCGUGAAUGGGAUGCUUUUGCUUGGGAAUUACAAAGAUGCCUUCGUUAUUUCGGAGGAGAUGUAUAAAUGUGGGUUCAAACCUUCAUUUGUUUCGUUGAUGAAAUUGUUGAAGAAGUUGCUGGAAUCGGGGAGUGUAGUGGAUUCUCUUGGUGUAUUGGAAUUUAUGCUGAGGUUGGACUAUUUCCCGACCGAAAACAUUUUAAAUCUGUUAAUGGUUAGGCUAUGCAAAGCUGGGAUGAUUCGUGAGGCAUUCUUCAUUUUGUCUAUUGUUAUAGGUAAGGGCAAUUAUCCUUGUGCUUCUACUUACACUCCAAUAUUAUGGGAUUUGUGCAAGUCUGAUAAGAGUUACACUGCUUUGUCAUUGUUUUAUUCUUUGAAGAAGAGAGGCGUUGUGCAUAAUACGUGCUCAUAUACAGCUUUGGUUUAUGGGUUUAGUAGGGAAAAGUUAUGGAAAGAGGCAUUUUGUUGUUUAAAUGAAAUGCAAGCUGUUGGGUGUAAGCCCAAUGUGAUUACAUACACUACAGUUAUUAAGUUUCUUUGUGAUGACAGGAAAAUUGAUGAGGCAUUAGGCCUAUUGGACAAGAUGGAAAAGGAAGGAUGUGAUCCAGAUUUAGUCACAUACAAUAUAAUUAUCCGUGAACUUUGCCAUCAAAACAGGAUGGUUGAAAUUGUUGAUCUUGUCGAGGUUAUUGAUCGAAAGGGAUUUUGUCCCGAUUCAUACACACAUGCGGCUUUGGCUGGAGGUCUAUUGAAAGGAGGCAGAGUAGGACUUGCUAAUAAGCUCUUACUAGAUGUUAUUUCACGGGGCUGUACUGUGGAUGUUGCUGUUUACAACAUUUACUUCAACACUUUAUGUCAUGAGAAUAGAUCAGGCAAAGCAGUAUCUGCGUUGAAGAGUAUGAUGGAAAAAGGUUUUCGACCAAAUAAUGUGUCAUAUAACACAAUUUUGAAAGGCAUUUGUGAGGAUAACAGUAUUGAUGAAGCUCUUGAGGUUUUCGACCGCAUCAAGUGGGCUAAUAAUGGGCCUGAUCUGGUUUCCUUCAAUACAAUCUUGUCUACAGCAUGCAAACAAGGAAAUUCCUCUAUGGUUCGAAGGAUCCUGUAUCGUAUGGAAUAUGAUGGUUUUAAACUCAAUGCUGUUAGUUCGACUUGUUUAAUUCAGUACUUUUGUACAGUUGGGAAGAUUCCAGAGUGCUUAAAGCUAUUGGAAUCCAUGGUGGGUAAUGGUCCUACUCCCACUAUAGUAACUUUUAAUACUCUUAUAAGUUACCUUUGCAAGAAUCGGUUGCUUGGAACAGCAUACAGGGUAUUCAAAUAUAUGAAAAACACUGGAUUUUUACCUGACAUGUUUACCUAUAAUAUUCUUAUACUUGCUUCCAUAAAAGAUGGCAAUGAUAUGCUGGUGGAUCAUUUGUCGACAGAUAUGUAUAGCCAAGGAUUAGAACUGGAUGCUGUUACAUAUGGGUCCUUUAUUUAUGGCCUUUGCAAGGAAGGCAAGAUACCAGCUGCUCUCCAGCUGCGCGAUCAAAUGCUUGAGAAUGGGAUCAUUCCAAGUAUUGCUGUUUACAAUACGAUAUUAGAGGCAAUGUUCAAAAGAGGUAAGUUUUGGGACAUUAUCUCAUUGUUGAAAGAGAUGGUUAGGGAUGGGUGUGAACCUAAUGUAGUUACUUAUGAUAUUCUAAGCCGGGCAAGGUCAAAAGGUUGGAUGAAGAAAUUCCCUAGGGCUGCAAAACUUAUGGAGUUUGUGAUAUGUGGUAAUUGUGAAAAGGAGACAUAUCAUGGAGAGAUGACACUAAUUGACAAAGAGAAUUGAAGCGUUGUCAUUGAUUAUGUUAUCACACACCCUAAUCCUCUUAGCCGAAUCCAGCUUUGUCUUGGGCGAGUUCGAUGUAAGCAAGAUUCAAAAACAUCACAACAGGUAUUUCACCCUUCAUCUGUGUACCUUUGACUACCAGCCGUGGGGGAUCCAUCAUAAAGAGGGACAAUAAGCCAAAGAGUAGAUAUACUAUGUUGGGCACCAUUGUCAUCCUAAUCUUGUAAAACUGAUUCCCUACUGCUUAAAAUGAUGAGCAUAGAGUUUUGAUGUAUGAGUUCAUGCCUAAGGGUGGCAUUGUGUAUCAUUUAUUAACAGAGGUCUUACUUUCGCAAUUCCUUGGGGCCUCCAAAUGAAAGCUGCUCUUGAUGCGACAUAGGAUGUUGCCUUUCCUAACAGUGCCGAAACAAAAAUUUCUUGUUGGGACUUCAUGAGUUAUGCUUCCUGCUUCACUUACUAUAACUGGAACUCCAAACUUAUAAAAAUUUUGGGUUGGCAGACAGCCAACUGGCAAUAGGUUCCAUAUCAGCACUAGGGUCAUGAUGCUCUGGAGUACCUAUCCACCUACAGGUCAUCAAUAAAGCUUCGGAGCUGUUCUAGAAAUUUUCCUGGUAAACGAGUAACAGACAAGAACUGCCAUCUGGAGAAAAGACCUACAAGUGGGCGAGGCCUUUCCUUGACAAAAAAUGUUCUGGAUGUCCGUUGCAAAGGCCAUUACUCACUUGGUCGGCCCCUAAUGGCAGCUAACCUAUCACUUCAAUACCUAUCAAAAGAACAAAAGUUGUGGCAGAGCAUGAAUGAGGUGGUACAGCUUUAGAGCAGCUUCGGGACACAAAAGUGUAUGGUGAAAAAGAUACUCAAAAAGACCAGUUAAGUCGUGAGGACAAUUCCAAGUGUGGACCUAUGUUCUGUAGAAGUGCAGAGGGAUGUCAUGGAAUAACUCGCAACACUAGGGAAAUAUAGUUACAUUAAUGAUGAGCACGGGAGUUUUUUUGAAGGAUUGUGGUACGAGUGAUUGGUUUGUGUAGCAUUACUUUUUAUUCAUAGGAUACUGGGCUUAUUCAUCUUUCUUUUCCUUUGCAAUGGAAUUUAACAGCGUUGGCUUAUCUGUUAUGUUUGUGAUGCCGGACCUUGCUGAAGCCCAACCAACCUGGAAUUAACUGGCCUUAGUUUUCAGAAAGUGUGAAAUGCGAUUUUAGCCAAAGUAUAUGGUGUCAGAGAGAGAGGGGUAACGCUGCUUUCCUGACCCAGCCUCUGCUUAAUAGGGGAUUCUUGUGCACUGGGUACGACAGUGUUUACGGUGUCAGAGCUGACCUCAAAAUCUGCCCCUGAGAAGUAUUUAGUUCAGCCCUAUGUUAAGAAAAAUGAGUUCUUGUUAUCCUUACUCUUGUCUCUUGACUGGAUUCGUAAGGUUGGCAGGCUUAUUCUGUUGCCAUUGUUGGAAGCUGUUGUUGCGCAUACAUUAUUCGAGUAUAUUGGGUAACAGUGAAAUAUUGUUUAAGAACCUCAAAGACCUUGACUUAAUGUUUAAUGUCAGAAAAUUUCACAAAUGAACUCUGUUUAUGCUUGUUCUCCUUUUCUUUUUGUAUUUUGUUGACGACGACAAUAUGUUGAGACCUUGAUUGAAUGUAAGGGAAAAAAAUUUACAGAUGAA